GAGAUGGAUUCAUCGGAACAAUCAAUAAUCAGAAGUGAGCAGAAAUCCAGAAAAUUCUUAAAAAGUUUAAUAAGAAAACAGCCUCAGGACCUUCUUCUUGUAAUUGGAACUGGGGUGAGUGCUGCAGUAGCACCAGGAAUCCCAGCAUUGUGCUCUUGGAGGAGCUGCAUUGAGGCUGUAAUUGAAGCAGCUGAAGAGCUGGAAGUGCUUCACCCGGGAGAUGUUGCUGAAUUCCGUAAAAAAGUGACCAAAGACAGAGACUUGCUUGUGGUUGCACAUGAUCUCAUCAGGAAAAUGUCACCUCGUACUGGGGACACAAAACCCAACUUCUUCCAGGAUUGCUUAAUGGAGGUGUUUGAUAAUUUAGAACAACACAUUCAGAAUCCUGUUGUUCUGCAAUCAAUUCUGAGACUCAUGGAGAGAGGCACAAUGGUUCUGACUACCAACUAUGAUAAUUUACUUGAAAUAUUUGGUCAGCAACAGGGUAAACCUAUGGAAUCAUUAGACUUGAAAGAUAAGGAUAAGGUUCUUCAGUGGGCAAGAGGCCAUAUAAAAUACGGAGUUCUUCAUAUUCAUGGCUUAUAUACAGAUCCCUGUGGAAUGGUGCUAGAUCCCUCGGGAUAUAAAGAUGUUACUCAAGAUCCUGAAGUCAUGGAAGUUCUUCAAAACUUGUAUCGAACUAAGUCUUUUUUGUUUUUGGGCUGCGGAGAGACUCUGCGUGAUCAGAUAUUCCAAGCUCUCUUUCUUUAUACUGUAAAGAAUAAAGUGGAUUUAGAACAUUACAUGUUGGUGCUUAAAGAAAAUGAAGACCACUUUUUCAAGCUCCAGGCAGAUAUGUUGCUGCACGGAAUAAAAGUGGUGUCCUAUGGGGACUGCUUUAAACAAUUCCCAGAGUACGUACAAGAUCUGUCUGCUCAGAUCUGCAAGCAGAAAAGUCCAGAUGCUGAUCGAGUGGACAGCACAACACUGUUGGGAACUCCAUGUGUGGACUGUGCUAAAAGGAAGCUAGGAGAGAACAGCACUGACUCUCCCAAGAGAAUCAAGCAGUCAGAUAAUGCAGGUGCAAGUUUGCCUGUGCUUCAAAACCGUUUGGGCCAAGCUCUUAGCCAGGUGAAGCCACAACAGAGGCAAUGUUUGAAUGUCAGAAGUGACUUCUGA